AUGAUAUUGGAGAGACCGGAUAUCACUGAGAACACCAUGGGUAUCCCAAAUCAUAAUCUCGACGACCUCGAGCAGCGACGGCUCGCGCUCGAAGACAACAUCACUCAGCUCCAGAAGUCCCUUUACCACUGGCGAACCUGGGAGGCAGAAUACGACAGCCUUCGAGAGGAGAUCAAAGACCUGCAAGAUUAUGCGACCGCUGACGAUAUCCUCGCCGUUGCGCGCCAAUACGAAGGCUCGCUAGUGAACGAAAAGGAAAUACAGACAAUCCUGCGGACAGAAGUGGGCGUCACGCGAUCGCGCACCCAGGUCGUUGACCUUCUAGGCAGACGGAUCGAUUAUGUGAAGCUGAAUGCCGCGACUAUGGAGAAGAGGCUUCGAGGGGCGGAGAACGAACUAUACACAUUGGAUUCGAACGACCAGCUCCCUGCGGAUAUCUCUGGUGAUCAAGGAUUCCCGAUGAGCGAGAUCAUUGAAGAACUCGACGAUGAAGGAAAUGUGAUCUCUAGCUCCGUCAACACCCCCGGAGAUCAUGCGCCGGCGAUCCUGGAAGCUCUGAAGAAAGCUGGUGUCGACGACAUCCCGGAGAUCUCUACGUCAAGCGAGAACGUCGCUGGGUCUAGCUCUACUACUCGGGAAGAGAAGGAAGAUGCGGUGGAUGCAGUUGAGACCAAUGAGAAGUCUGAGGUGGUUUCGAAUGGCCACACCUCUACCACAAACGCAAACGAUGUUUCUCAAGAGGAUGAGCUGGACCUCUUACAACCAGUAUCACUCGUCACCCCAGAGGAUCGCAACCAACCCCCGGUUACCGAUAUCGACGAACCCGCCGACGAGGCAACACUGCGACGGGAAAUGCUGGAAUACGGCAUCCACGAAGUUGGCGCAAUCGUUGCCGAACUGGAACUAGACGAGGAAGGCAGCGAGUUCUCUAUCUCUGAUGAGGAAUUUGACGUGGGCACAGAAGAGGAGGAUGAAGAUGAGUACGGCCGGUCGCACCUUGUGUUGUCCGAGGAAUACCAUCGGCAGAUGCGAGAGUUGGAAGCCAAACUCAACGCUAGAGGCAUGACCAAUCUGGGCAAGGACACCCAGACAUUCCCCGAGGAAGUUCGACAGGAGAUUGAAAACUCUACGACGGAACCUACUCAAGAGACGGAACCUGCCCAAGAGAAUGGCGAGAUCGAUAGCUCUGCAAAGGGCAAGAAGCCCAAGAAGAAGGUCGCUUUUGCCGAUGAUCUGGAUAUCGCCCCAGCAGCCGCUGCCGCUGCAGCCGAGAAGAAGGCCACUCCACCACCAAAGCCAAAGCCACAGGCGAGCGUCCAGGUUCUCUCGGAUUCAAUCGUUGAGCGAACAGAGCAGCCAAAGGAGCCUCGGCCAGCCCCAUCCACCGGACCUAAGAAGGUCUCUCGGUUCAAGACCGCUCGAGUAGUCGAACCUGCGGCUAGUACGACUGCCAAACCCGCAUCCUCGCAAUUACCCCCUCAUAUUUCCGAGUCCCAAACUUCUCGAAAGCAAGCCAACGCCGUUCCACCACCUGGCUUGUUCCCUGCCACCCCUCGAGAGCCAAAGCCAUUCUCCACACCGAUCAUGGACAUUCCUACUGGGCCCUCGGCUCCCAACCCACCGGAGGGCAAGACCCUGGCCGAUAAGUUGGUCGAGCGAAACAUUGCUCCCAGCUCCAUCACAGCCCCCGAACCAGAUGAGCUUGACGAAGAGAUCCACCGCCGCGAGAUUGCUUCCGAGUUCUACAGAAUGCGGAAUAGCAAGAUCCAACAGCAAGGUGGCUUUGUCAACGAGGAAGAGCCAGAGUUUGUACCUGUCGAGGAACCGGCCGAACGAGUGAGUAGGUUCAAGGCUGCGCGAGUGCGACCUUAG